GAAAAAAAUUUAAAAAAACUCACAUAGAUCAUACUCAAUAUCUCUCAUAUUUUUUUCUUACUCAUACUACUCUCUGUACAACACUAUGGAUUUUGAGGGGGAGGUCAUAUCAGCCAUUUCUCAACUAAUCUCUAUCGACGACCCUUGGGAAGUGGAUAAUGGGGAUGCGAAUACGGAGAUCAUUGCACGCGUUAUUGAGAUAAGCUACGUUAGUAACACAUUCUGCGAAUAUGCUAUGUUACUAACGCAGCAGAAGGCGGAGUCGGAGCUCAUGUUACUUAUUACUCAAACCAUAUCUUUCUACAACUCUAUGGAUUUGGAUUCCCAGCCGGAGCCGCUAAGGAAGCUCAUAUCAUUUAUCGCUAAAAAAGCAGAUCUCGACUACUAUGUUGAUCCCUUGUUGGAGCAGGAUUUGGAGGUCUUGCCACUCUUUGGUAAAACAUUAAGUCUUGAGCCAGAGCCAGAGCUUAUAUCACUCAUCCGUAAAAUAGUCUCCCUCGUCAUCUCUAUGGAUCCAAAGUGGAAGAAACUUAUUUCCUUAUGUCCUCAAGUAGCCGUAAGAUUGGAAAAUGGUAUAUUACACGUGGAUGAAGAAUUCGUGUGGGAAACCAAUGACAAGUGGUGUUGUUUCCCUUUAUUCUGGCUGAAGUUCAGGUCACCAGAACAAGAUGCUACCCAUUUUUUCUGCCGAGGUUGCAACGGCAAGAACCAUAACGAAAACAACAAGGCUCCAGUUGAGAUCAAACACCCUCUUCAUCCAAGACAUUCUCUUCGGCUUGCUUUGUUGCGAAAGUCUAAUGAAACGAGGCAGUGCUAUUGUUGUGAUGUAAGUCUUCAAGAGAUAUUUUAUUAUUGCUCAGCUUGCGACUAUGCUAUGAACAUAGCUUGUGUGGAGAAACCUCCGGUCUAUUCUAUAGACCAUUCCAAAUGGCAUGAGCAUACUCUUGCUCUGUUUCCAAGACAGACUCCCUUUGCUUGCAGCCUAUGUUCGUUGACACAUACAAGCUGUCCUUUCUAUAUAUGUCCCCCUUGUGACUUUGUGGCUCAUCAAAGGUGUAUCAGCUUACCGCGUGUCAUAAGGAUAUCUCGCCAUCCUCAUCGUAUCUCUUUUAACCAUUCUUUUGGUCAAGGAGAUUGGUCUUGUUGUGUUUGUCGUAGAAAGAUCGACAAUGAUUACGGUGGUUAUUCUUGCAUCAAGGAAGGUUGUUCAUAUGUGGCUCAUUCAAAAUGUGCCACACAAAAGAACGUGUGGGACGGUAAAGAACUUGAGGGAAUACUAGAAGAAGAUGAAAAAGUUGAACCGCCGUUUGUGAGGAUAAGUGAUCGAAUCAUCGAGCAUUUUAGUCAUCAACAUCAUCAUUUGAGACUUGAUGAGAACACGGGUAGAGAUUACGACGUGAAUAAGUUGUGUCAAGCAUGCAUCAUGCCAAUCUAUUCCGGUAACUUCUAUUCAUGUAUGCAAUGUGAUUAUAUUCUCCACGAAAAAUGUGCAAAUCUCUCUCGCAAAAUGCAUCAUCCGAUACAUCCACAUAUGCUCACUCUCAAAGUAGGAUCUCGGGGUCUUGUGGAACAUAGUGUUGAUCCAUGUUCAGCUUGUCCUUGGAAGUGCAAAGCCGGUUUCUUCUAUGAGUGUGAACAACAGGAUAAAGAUGAAUAUCUUUUCAAGCUACAUGUGCAGUGCGCCACAAUGUCUGAGCCAUUAGUCCAUAAAAGUCAUGAACAUUCUUUAUUCCUAACAUCGAAACCAGAAGAGCAAAGAAGAUGUUCCGUUUGCAAAAAGUUAGAACAGUUUUCAACAAACGAAACAUUCAAUUGCAUUGAGUGUGACUACUUUGCUUUGUGUUUUGGAUGCGCCACUUUACCUCAAGAGGUAAGGUAUGAGCAUGAUAAACAUAUGCUCACUCUUUCUUAUGGCGAGGAGACAUGCAUCACGACUUAUUGGUGUGAUAUUUGCGAGCAAGAGAUAGACCCAAAGGAGCGGUUUUAUACGUGUGGUGAGUACUGUUGCGUCACCCUACACAUUGAAUGUCUGCUUGGGCAGGAUUUAUACGUGAAGCCUGGUUCAUCUUGGAUAAGCUUCUCCUUCAAUGGAGAGAAGAUAUAUGUUCGGGCCAACGAUCAUCAUAUGACUCGACCUAUUUGCUCUCAUUGCAAGAAGCGUUGUCCACACAAAAUAGUUUUGGAGUCGUCUGGUUCAAAAUUUUGUUCCACAUCUUGUGUUGGUUAUUUUUUGUCUACAAAGGUGAACACAGCUGGUCAUCGCGAAUAUCUACAACGGAGAGGCUACGGAAAUUAUGAGUUCUCAGCACUGACGUAGAGAUUAGUGUUCUCUGAUGUGUCUCUGUUUUUGUGUUACUAUCGGUUUAGUUGCGUCGGGUUCUGUCGGAUCAAUCUUUUUAUAAAAGCUCGAUUGAUAAAACAUGCAAGGAGAAAAAACUAUUUAGCAAUCAACAUGUUACAGUGUUAUCUUUCCCUAGAACUACAGUUAGUUGACUAAACAAUUUGGUUUACUAUCGGUUCAAUUAAAAAAAUACAUUGGACUUUAUCGGUACAUUUCGUUGUAGAUAAAUUUGUAAUUAGGAACGAC